AUGGAUGAAUACACCCCGGAAGCCCUGGUGAACCGUGAUGAGCCGGUCCCGGUACUGAAUAUCUCUUCUAAACCGAGGCGCACGAGUAAAAGCUCCGCGGACAGUACCCACUCGCGCUCAUCUUCGCAAACAAAGAAUUCUAUCCAAGACCGACUGUGGACCAAGCUUCUACAACAAGUCAUCCCCUCAGAAGAUGACGAGGAUGAUGCCAACCCUGGAGACAAGGUCUUUACGGCCUCUCCGAAACGCCCGGGUUUCAGUCUUCCAACAAUGUCCAACAACUUUCGCCGCUUUAAUGCAAGAAUUGGAGUGGUCUUUCUAUUCCAGAAUCGGGUAGAGCGCUUGUUGGCCUGGCGGAACCCAACUCAUACCCUGUCUUUCCUUUUUGUAUACUCCUUCAUCUGCUUGGACCCGCACCUGCUACUGGUCAUACCUCUGGUGAUCCUCUUGCUCUUCAUCAUGGUGCCGGCAUUCAUCACUCGCCACCCCCCACCACCAUCGACCUCUACCUCCAGCAUUGUUCCUUAUUACUCCUAUGAAGGACCAGCAUUAGCGCCGGCAAGAACUAUCAAGCCAGCAUCUGAAACCUCCAAGGAUUUCUUCCGAAACAUGCGAGACCUGCAGAAUGUCAUGGCAGAUUUCUCGGAUGUCCACGACGCAACCAUAUCCGUGUUUGCACCGUUAACUAAUUUCUCCAAUGAGAAACUGUCUUCGACCCUCUUUCUUGGUGGCACUGUUGCUGCUGUGGCCCUCUUCCUAACGGCACACCUCUUACCGCUCAGGCUGAUUAUGCUCGCGAGUGGAAAUGCGGCCAUCUUAUUCAACAACCCGACAUUCCGCAUCUUCUUCCAAAGCCUGAUCCAAGACGUUGGGGGUGGGGAUUUGGAUUCUGCACUUCCUCAGGACCAAGAUCACGAUAUAUUCAGUGCCGCUCUGCCAAAAGAUCCAACAGCAGCGAUGUCUGCAUUGGAAAAGUUGACAGAUAUCUCGCUGGACACCGAUCCCGAAGAGCGCGAGGUCGAGAUUUUUGAGGUCCAGCACCGCGCGCCAGGAAUAUCAGAGUCCGGAUGGGAAAAUUUUCUUUUCAGUCCCCAACCAUACGAUCCGUUAUCCCCAUCUCGAAUUGCUGGGGACCGACCCCGCGGCUGCCGCUUCUUCGAUGACGUUCAGGCUCCAUCUGGCUGGAAAUGGAAAGGCAAGAAAUGGGAACUCGAUCUUGACUGCCGCGAAUGGGUAGUAGAGCGCAUGAUCACUGGCGUUGGCUUUGAAGUUCCAGGGGCUUCAUCGGAAGGCAAUACUAUUGUCGAUGAAGUUGGCGGUUGGGUGUGGGAUCUCCCAUCAGAAUCUACCUCAGUACAAGAGGAAGAUAAGGAGAUGACCGCCAUGGGCUACGGCGACUUGGAGCCGGAGCCAAAUACAUCGUUAAAGGGCAAGGGCAGAUCAUUGUCGAAAGACAAACAUCGGGCCAAGUCUUCACAGGAUUGGGAGGAAGCAGGAAGUGCUUCUUACGGAGUUGGAGAAUGGCGACGUCGUCGGUGGGUGCGAAUUGUGCAACGCAUGAAUCUCCCACCAGCUGAGAAUGUCACCUAUUCGACCCUCGGCACCAAUUGA